CGUCUCUUAAUUUCUUCUGCUGCUUUCUUAAUGCUCCAGUUCUCUGUUGAUAUGUGUCUAUCUUAAACUUUACAUAGAAUAUCUUUAAUGCUAGCCAAGGAGUCAGGGAUUUGGACUUGUUUUCAUGGACUUCCAAACCUUUCCCCCCUCAGGAGUCUAGAUCUAACACAGAUGACUUUUUCAAAGACCUAAACUCACACUGCCCUCAGGAAGCGGUAAUGCAGGAACCAGAUAUGCCGUUCAUUCGUGGUGGGCCUGGAGUAUAUAAGGUAGUGAAGACUGGCCCCUCAGGUCACAACGUCAGAAGCUGUCCCAACCUUAGAGGUAUCCCCAUUGGAAUGUUAGUUCUGGGAAACAAAGUCAAGGCAGUGGGCGAGGUGACUAAUUCUGAAGGGACAUGGGUGCAGAUGGAUAAGAACAGCAUGGUAGAGUUCUGUGAAAGUGAUGAAGGUGAUGCGUGGUCCUUAGCUAGAGACAGAGGUGGAAACCAAUAUCUCCGGCAUGAAGAUGAACAAGCUUUUAUAGAUCAGAAUGGUCAGACUCCCCCACCAAGUCCUUUCUCACUGCAAACUUUCAAUAAAGGGACAGGGUGCAGUAAUGGACAAGGAUUUGAUUAUGGCCUUGGAAAUAACAAAGACCCUCCUUAUUCCAGAAAACACUGCACAAAAACCUGAACAGGAAAACCAGUGGUGUCUGAUGUACCAGCACUUGGAAUCAGAUUGAGUCCUUGUACUGACAUGAAAGUUGUAUAGUUAGGUUCUAAAUCAAAAUUCUAUACAGUACUGUAAUACUAUAUAUGAAAUUGUUUUUGUUUUGCUAGUUUAGCACCUUUAAAUUAAGCAUUUAAGUGUAAUGUGAAAAGUACCCCACUAGUGAAAAGCUGAGUGCU